AGUAGUUGAGGAGGCAGCUAGAGAAUAUAUAUUCAUUCAUCCGUAGGGUAUUCUAUAUGAGGGAAACCAGUGUACAGACUAGAAACAACUGUACAUGUUACACCAUACAGAUAAAUACAUAACAAAUGAGGAUUGUACUUGGUUCCACAUCUAAGAGCCGGAAUGAACUCUUCAAGCUCGCUCUCCCGGAGGGUGUGCACCUCAUCGAUGAGCGCCUCAAUCCUGACAUCGACGAGAAAGCGAUUAGGCACACUGAUCCACAUAAACUAGUCUUGGCUAUCGCGAACGCUAAGGCUGAUGUCAUCGAGGCUCAAGCCAAACCACUGGCGGAUAUGAUGGUAACCGCAGACUCGGUUAUAGUAUUCGGAGACGCGAUACGAGAGAAGCCCGAGAGUGAAGCCCAGGCCAAAGAGUUUCUGCAGAGCUACGGCAAGACGGGCAUCCCGGCGAAGUGUACGACGGGUGUGGUAGUGACUAAUUUAAAGAAUGGUAAACGCGCCAGUGCCGUGGACGAGUCUUUGCAGUAUUUUGAUGAAAUUCCGGACGAAGUAGCGCAUCAGAUAAUUGAAGUGGGCGAGAUAAUGUUUUGCGCCGGAGGAUUUGUUCUGGAGGAACCGCUGAUAUACCCAUACAUUGGCAAGCGUGAGGGGGAGGAGGAAGCUGUCAGAGGCAUGCCUAUUGCGGCGACAAAGAAGCUCAUAAUAGACACAAUCGCAGCAAUGUGAGGUACAUCCGAGUAUGGGAUACUUCGCAAUCUGCUUUAGUGCGUAUCAUAACAGUAGCUGUGUCUGGUUUAUCGCGAAUCAAGUAGUGCAUUGCAGACCACUCUUCACGGAAACUUGUCAGAAAGAUAUCUGAAGUUUAUAGUAGAAACAUUAGUUAGUCGAGUAUAUGUAGACAUCGAUGGAUAAAUACUAGUCUCUAUUCUACGAGACAUGUACUACAUGCUAUUGCCACUCAAAGUUAAUAAGGACGCGCAUGUUGUAACUUUCUUGCACAAAAUGUGAGGAGCGUAGGUCAGGGGUAUUUUAAGUCUUUAUUGGCUUCACUUUUCAUUGAUUAAAGCUCUAAGCAUAUGAUUUUAGUCAUCAUACGCCUUGACAUAGCUCUAUAAGCUACGCAACAACGAGCAUGUCCCACUAUUCUUGACUAUAUAAGCCUUGCUCUGAUACAAUCACUGGACGUGUGGUUCAAGCCAUCGCACAUGUGGGGAUUCUUUCUUUGGCUUCCCUUUUCAUUGAUUAAAGCUCUGAGCGUAUGAUUUUACUCAUCAUACGACUCGGCAUAGCUCCACAAGCUACACACAACAACGAGCAUAUACCACAUUUCUGGCCAUAUAAGCAUUGCUCUGGUAGAAGUACUGAACGUGUGGUUCAAGCCAUCCCACGUGUGAGGAUUCUGCUACCAGCUGUAUUUUCUCUCUUAGUCCUACAACACUAUGCUCGAAGUGCUGAUGGUCGAUCGCCAUUCUCCAAAACAACUGCACCUAUGAUAUACAUUACAGCAAUUGACAUCCUAGACUGAGCCAACGUGCAACAGGUAUUGGUCUCGCACAUAUCGGUCUCCUAUAUCGAGCUGACUUCUUAUAAGUAAUAUAUUUAGGCACUGGGCCUAGAUAUAUGUCAUCAUACGUCUCACUAUCAUUCUCCGAGCCAAACUGUAUAGAGCUUGGUCCGUCUACUCUGCACCGCCACUGACUAGGGACUCUGCCUUGCCGGUAUUUAAAUCGAACUGUCGAACAUCCUUUCUUCGUACCGGCAAAAGUUUACAGCCAUUCUUAGGUACGGUUAUGAUAUGGAAAGCGAUU